CCUGUAUACCAUUUGCACUAAAUCCUAUUAAGUCCAUAUUCAUAACUCCAAUAUGUCCAAGUCCCUGCAAGUCGCUAUCCAUGGUGCCAACAAUUUGAGUGUUGGUAAGAAGGACGAUCCCUAUGCCAUCGUUACCUUGGACUUUAAGAACAAGAGCGCCCAUUACAAGACUGAGCACAAAAACAACGGAGGAGCCAAUGUUGUAUGGAACGAGACCAAGAUUAUUGACGGAUUUGACUCCAGCGUGCACGAAAAGCUGUAUGUCGAGGUCCAUGACAAAGAGACACUUGCUGAUGAACCUGUUGCCUUCGCUGCCAUCCCCUUGAGCCAGGUCCUUAGUGACUCCAAUCAAUCUUACCGUGCCAAGUUCGACCUCUUCACACCCGAUGAGGAACAAAGGGGAACCAUCACCUUGACCAUCUCUGUUAUCGAGCCCGGUCAGGGUUCUCCAGUCAAUUACGACAACUCGUAUGAGGGCGCUGAACAAAAGGGAAUCUCCCAGAUUGAUCCCCAGCACAAGAGUCGCAUCAGUAGUUUACUCACCAAAGAGAGGGCUGGCGAUGCUACUGCUGCUGCUGCUGCUGUUGCUGGUGCUGCCGCUGCCCUUAACUUCUUCGGUAACGCCUUCGCUAAUAAGCCUACUGAGCCUUAAGGGCCUGAAAAACAUGUCUCUACUUCUUCAAAGUCCUCUG